UUUAACAGCAUCUUUUAUGUACCGUUAGCCGAAUACCGUUACUCUGCUACCGAGCCGAAGGAAGGUAGCCAGACACAGAAAAACAGGACAUGGCAAUAACGUACGACUAUCUGUUUAAACUGCUGCUCAUCGGGGAUAGCGGAGUGGGCAAGACGUGUCUGCUGUUUCGAUUCAGUGAGGACGCGUUUAACACCACUAUGAUCUCUACUAUAGGAAUUGACUUCAAAAUCAGAACAAUUUUGCUGGAUGGGAAGAAAAUCAAGCUUCAGAUCUGGGAUACAGCGGGGCAUGAGAGGUUUAGAACCAUCACCCCGGCAUAUUAUAGAGGAGCAAUGGGAAUUAUGCUGGUGUAUGAUAUCACAAAUGAGAAAUCAUUUGACAACAUCAAGAGCUGGAUCAGGAACAUAGAGGAGCAUGCAUCAUCAGAUGUGGAACGGAUGAUUUUGGGGAAUAAAUGUGACAUGAAUGAAAAGAGACGAGUUCCGAAAGAAAGAGGGGAAAAGCUAUCAAUUGAUUAUGGAAUAAAGUUCCUGGAAACUAGUGCAAAAUCCAGCACAAAUGUUGAAGAGGCCUUUGUCACCCUUGCUAAAGACGUCAUGACUAGACUUAACCUAAAAAUGAAUGAGAAUAACCCAGCAGGAGGAGGAGGAGCAUUGAAAAUCACAGAGAAUCGAUCCAAGAAGCCCAGCUUCUUCCGCUGCACUUUGCUCUAACCCAGCAACGUUUGCAGCCUCAGUGUGUGAAUGUUUUCAUUUCUCUAUGUGUGUUUGAGCUCAGUGUGUUUGUGGGAGGGUUUACUCUACCACUGGACUUUCAGCUGUUAGCUGCUGCUAAGAGCUUUGGACUUCAGCCUGCCUUAUGUAUGCAUACUUGAGCCAGAAAAGAGUUUGGUAGACUCUUUUGAGAUGUUCCCAAAAAGUUUCUUUUAAACCAAAAUAUCCAUCAACCUCACCCUACCCCCUUAACCUUGCAACCUAGAUCUUAUCCUUUUAGUGUAGCAUGGUUUGAAUCUAUUUUUUCUCUAUAUUGUCAAUAAUUCAUCACAUUUAGUCAAAUUAUAGUUACAUUGAUUUUAAAGUGAUUUGCUGUAGCAGCAUUUAAUGAAGGAAAAUAUAUGAAAGAUAUUACAGAAGAUUAAACUCCUGCUGCUGAGCAGUUUUUGGCAAUAAAGAACGUGGACCUAAAGUAGCAAUUGAAGAACCUGAUGGUUUGACAGUUAAAUAUGCAAUAUAAUGCUUUUGAACGUCAUGUUUUGAAUGGUAUAUUUCAAGUAACUCAUUUUAUAUGUAGUUUAAUACAUUUCCUUGAGGUUAUUUUUCUUUUGAAGAAAUUAAAGCUGAUGUAACUUUUUCAGUGUUAAAAUACUUUGUUCUAUCCCAGCUUAAUAUGCAGAACAGUUUCUGCUAAGAAAUUUUGGUGCCGGCCAAUGUGUAUGGGAAUGAUCAACUUUGCCGGACAAAUUGGAAAAAAUUCGGUCAUCUCAUUUUGGUGUUUAUUUUGCACUGUAAACACAAUGUACUAUGCAUAAUAAUGCAACUGGCUAAUAAUGACACAAAAAAGUUUCAACAAUGGGGGAAAAACUAAAAAAACUAAACUGCAAUUUGCAACAACAUUUUUUUAUAAAUAUUAAAAUAACAAAUGGUAGGUUAUGUCAUAUAAUUUCUCACCAUGACUGUUUUCUUCCCAUUUUUCAUAGCAAGUGUGUUGGUUCCAAAGUGAAGUUAAGUAUGUCCAGUUUUUCUCUACAUUUUGAGAUUCACGUAAGCCUGGUGUCCUUCUCUCCAGAAGAUGUGAAGUGAGAAACUUCUCACAGAAAGCUGUUUUGAAAACAUUGUUUAUUUUAGCACAUACUUCUGCUUUAAAUUUUUGUUACUGUUCCAUAGCCACAAUAAACUGUGGAAUCAAAGCAGUGUUCCAUAGUUUGCAGCCUUCCCCCUUCUGCCUGACCUUACCCUAUUAAUCUUUCAUGACAAAAGUGAAAAACUCAAAACUGUGAUGGAUAACUUUUUUUCUUCAGUUUUUAUCUCUCAUACAUUACAUACUGAUCAUUAAAAAAUAGACAAAAGAAUAAAGACAGAGGGAUAAAGACACAUUUCCUCAUGCUUGUUGAAGCAGCAGCUAGCUAUGCCUCAGCUAGGCCCUGUAUAUUAGUAUAUAUAUACACAGUAUUACAUUUACUAAUGAUAUCAUAUUUUUUUACUCUACCAACAUAAUCAUCUUUUACUUACCACUGCAUAUGAACCACCUAAAGCAUGUUAACCUGUGCUUAUGUGAGAAUGAAUUAUUGUUAAUACUUAUUUUAUAACUCAGUUUAAUGGCAUCACAGUAUUCUGUAUAUUGUCUUUUUUUAAUUCCCUCUUUUAUAAGACUCUCUUGAGUGUGAAACUGUGUAGUGUUUACAGUACUACUUGCAAUAGUGCCUUUUUAUGUAUGUCGUGCACUGUUACCUGUGGGUGGUUCUCUCGUAGAGCCUCCUCACCUCAUAAACCACUGAUGUUUCCUGAGUGCAAGGUUGUACUAGCCUGAAUGUGUUUAUUUGGGUGUUUAAAAGUUUACUCCUCUCAGCGUAUUGGGUUUUACCAGGCCCAGGCUUACAGACUUUUUCACAUUUUCUGUGCAGAUUUUGGGCAAAAAUCUGUGGGAUUCUGCUGAAUUAAUGUAACUAAACCUCUUAUUGGUAGCUUAAGGAAUAAUCAAAUUAGCCAAAAUAAACAGUAAAUGAACAUGCAAGGAGAGGCAUUACAGCUCUAUGUGGCCUGGUUGUUACAAAUGCAAAAAGCAAAGAAUUCAAACCCAAAGACACCCUGUGGUGAUUUACUGGGAAUUUGCAGUCUUUUUAAGUUACUCAAAAUUAAUUAAUGAUCGAUUCUGCUGUUCAUGUUAAAGGAUGUAUGACUGCUCAAGUUCCAUUGGCUGCUGUUUGUCUGUUUGACCGAGCUCCUGCUCAGAGGUGUGCCAUUUGCCAAUUAAUGGCCCUGAAGUCAUGAUUUGAAUAUGCAUGCAGGCAAAUUCUACAAUGAAACAAUGACAGCACUCAACCUCCCAGUCUUACUGACCAUUCAUUGCAGCUUUUAUGUCCCAUUUUUUAACAUGUCUUCCUUGAUUUUUAUCAUCUGUUCUGUAAUAUGUCUG